AUGUGCCGAAUUAACAAUCGGCACGUUCCUUAUUACACAAUUCAAGCAACAACCCCUACGCGGGCUUGGGUCAUCUUUUCCCAUGGCAAUGCAGAGGAUAUAUCAAUAUCCUAUCACCACCUCAAGAUAUUUUCAAAUAUUAUAUCGGCCAAUAUCAUCGGAUAUGAUUACAGAGGCUACGGAACCAAUGCUGGCGAACCAACCGAAGCAGACUGUAAACAAGACCUUCUUGCUAUUUUCACUAUGGUCAUCAACGAGAUGCAAAUCCCAAUACAAAACAUAAUCCUUAUGGGUCACUCUAUCGGGUGCGGUCCAACACUUUGGCUCGCAAGAGAAAUACAGAACGGGAAAAUGGCGAAGAAAGGGUUGCCUGGGGUUGUUGGUGCUGUUGUGUCCGUGAGUGGAUUUACUUCAUGUUGUGCUGUAGUGGAUAGACGGUUGAGUUACAUUCCAUUCACCGAUAUGUUCGACAACGAAAACUCGGUCGCGCCACUUCGAAUGCCUUUGUUCAUAGCACAUGGGAAUAACGAUGAAAUCAUUAAUGUGUCGCACGCAAUCAGACUCUGGGAUGACGUGAAGUAUAAAGAGAACGGUUCGCUCUUUAUAGUUGAUGGCUGCGAUCAUAAUAGCAUCUUGGGUAACGUUGAAUUUCAAACCGCGUUGGUGUCUUUCCUCGAGGAGUAUUUUGUGAAAAGAAUUGUUUGA